GCGAGCGGCGCGGCGGUGGCAGCGGCAGAGCGGCAGCGGCUCUGGCAAGCAGCCACGAACGAACCGACCCCCGCCUCACGCACGACCAACCGCGGCGCGAUCCUCCGCGCGAUCCUCCGCGCGCGGCCCCGGCUUCUCGCCUACGACUCGCACACAAACGCGAAUCUCUGCGAAGAGCCGCCAGCCGCCGCUCGUCGACUCGCAGUCCGUCACCGUCGCUCGUCGAACGAGGACACGCCGCUCCGUCGACGCGCGAACACCACAGUAUUUCCGAAUCCUCGAGUCCGAGCCGAGAGAGUCCGAGAGUCCGAUUACGAAGCACGGAGUACGAAACCGAGUUCGAGGCCCGAGGUUUCGAGUUUCUCUCGCGCGCAAGACGAUCUCUCUCCGCCGCACGGUGCAUGUCGCCGCCGAGAAGAUGCUCUCGGCCCGUUUCACGUGUCGCCGCGUUGCUCGCGCCGCGACAGGCCGGAUAGGAGAGCCGGCGGCGAGAACCUAAUCGAGAGUGUCCGGCGAUCGCGGUGCGUCCUAUAGAUGGGACCCGUCAGGAUCGUGACGAUGAGUGAACCGAGUGAACCACGUGACCACGCGUUCGGCGAAGCUCCGGAGGAAACUUUCCGGCUGCGGGCUCGUCGCUCGAAGUCGCGUGCAUAGAGGCCGCGUGGAAAGCGCGCGCUUUCACCCGCGAGUGGGUCGAAGCGCGAGAGGAAGCGCUUCGUGAGAGGCUCGUUGGAAUAAUAAGACGGACCGGUAUAUAUACCGGCAGGAGUCUCAGCUGAUAGCACGCGCGCGUAUCGAAGGGGCCAUCGUCCGUGUCGAUGCCACGAGCGCGUGAACGCGCGGACGCGUGAUCCUCGCGCGGUCGGCUCGCGAGUGGAACAAGACAGCUCGAGUCAGACGAUAAAGUUCGCCGCGCUAAGUAGCAGCUGUCUGGACCGCGAGAUGCUGAGUGCCUCGGCUGCGUCGGGCCGGUUACUCUGGGCAUCGAAAUACGCUCUGCGACCGCCGCCUCUGUUGUCGCCGGCGCCGUUCCUGCUGCUCCCGCUGCCGCCGCCGUCGCCGUCGCCGUCGCCGUCUCUGUCGCCGUCGCCGUCCCCGACCCCCCUGUCGCCGUCGCCGUCGCCGUCCCCCGUCGUCGACGACACCGUCCGCGCGACUCCCGUUGGCACCGCGACAACCGGCGAGGGCCUGCGCGGCCUGCUAAGAUGACCGCUCGUCUUCAAUCGUUGAGGCAUCAGGAGAAGAAAUCGGCCGGUAGCAGCGGUCACAGGCAGCACCAUCAUCACCACCAUCACCACCACCAGCACCAGCAUCAGCAGUCGUCGCAGCAGAGCCUGCACCAGGGACCGAGUCCGGCGGCCAGUCCGAACCCAAGUCUCAGCCCGAGCCCUAAACAUCCGGACGGUCGUCGAUUCCGACGGCCGGUCGCCGCGUUCCAGGCAAACAAACCACUAAUGGAAAAGCGACGGCGGGCGAGGAUCAAUCAGUCGCUGGCGGCGCUAAAGGCGCUCAUCCUCGACAGCGCCCGGCUGGAGAACACCAAGCACAGCAAACUGGAGAAGGCUGACAUUCUCGAGCUGACGGUCCGCCACUUGCAGAGGCAGCGGUCGCUCGCGCAGCCCGGCCUAUCGAGGUACAAGGCUGGCUAUCAAGAUUGCUCGAGGGAGGUAAGUCGAUACCUGGACGCCCCGGACAUAAUCACGGGGAACACGACGCCGAUGGACCCUGCGGUGAAGCAGAGGCUGCUGCGUCACUUGGACAGUUGCGUGUCGGAGCUGGACUUGGAUCUGGGUUCGAGGCCGGAUAGCGGAUUGGGCAGCAGUCCCGGAAGCGUGACGGAUCGAGUGACGGGCGCGGGAAGUCCCGGUCCGUUGGAGCAUCACGUGGCAUCGACCGCGCACUGCAGCACGGCCCUGAAUCCUGCCGGCCUGAUCAAAGCCGAGAUCCCGGACGUCGAGCCGGCCCGGCCGGACAGCAGUACCACCGCCGGCGACGAGAACAACAACAACAACAACAGCAGCAACAGCAACGGGAGCAACGCGAGCAACGGCAGCAUCGGGAGCAGCAACAACGGCGGCAUCGGCAGCGGCAGCGGCGCGAACGGUCGGCCGGCUUCUGCGUUCGGCCAGCUGAAUCCCGCCGGUCUCGAUCCUCAUCAUCACCCGCCGGCCCCGCCGCCUCCUCCUCCUCCGCCGCCGCCCCCUCCGCCGUUGCCGCCGCCGCCGGCCACCGGCAUACCGAUCAUCGAUCAGGCCCCCGGCUCUCAGCCGAACUCGAACAUGCUCUCGGUGGUGCAAGUGAUACCCUCGCGGCUACCCGACGGCCAAGUGGUCUUCCUGCUGCCCAGCCACUACGUGCAGCUGGCCGCGGCGGCCGCCGCGAACGGGAUCAGCAUCGGGCCGAACCCGCCGACGGCGAUCUGGGCCGCCACCAACAUGUCUCUGCUCAAGGCGACCGACAAGCUCGCGAAGCGCAGCCACGAGGACAUGCAGGAGUGGCAGGACUCGGCCGCCUCCGUCGCUGCGGCGGCCGCGAAUCAGACCGUCGUCGUCUCCGGCAACGCUUCCGUCUCCGCUUCCGUUUCCGCGGCCGCCUCCGCCGCCGCGUCCGCGUCGGGCGCCGCGUUCCCGGCGAACGCGACCGCCGGCCCGAAGUCCAGCAAGAGUCCGAGGCUCGAGCAGCAGCUGCAGCCGGAACAGCCGUUGGACUUCACCACCACCUCGAAGAAGCUGAAGACCGCCGGCGGCAGCCAGCAUCAGCAACAGUUCACCAUCCGGUUGGCAGCCGAGGGGCCCAUCCCGCAAGACGACAGGCCGUCCAGUCACGCCAGCAGCAGCGAUUUCGUCACCGGCAUCGGAUCGCCGUCCCCGCUGCCCCAGCAGCCGAUCAGGGACGAGGAGGGCAUGUGGAGGCCCUGGUGAAUUCGUGAACUUGUGAACAAAGUGAUCUCGGCGAGCCACGCCGGCUCGGCCCGGUUGUAUUUCGCGGUACAGUGAUCGUCGGUUUCGAGACGACGCGAACUCUCUUCGAGACCGGACCCAGACCGGACCAAACUGUUUCUCCCGGCUCGCCGAGAGAACCCGUUGACGAUCGCCUCGCGAUACGAACGCUGCGACGAGAGCAUUGUCGUGUACAUAGACCUCCCUCCCCGAUUCCCCCAUCCUCCACCUCCUCGACGAGUAUAGAUUUAUUUUGAUGUUGACUAGGUGUAUACAAGCGUUGGCGAGACGCUGUGCAGAGAGAACGGUCGCGGUUCAGAUCGAAUGCGUGGAGGACCGGCGUGUGCGAGAUGCCGCUCGAAUUCCUCGUACACCGACGUACUUAGGAGACACAUCGUUCGGUAUAUUAUAAAUGUAUCCGGUCAGACAUACGUUUAUAAUAUACGCCGAGCGAGCAUUCUUGUAACAUAAAUAUAUAUGUAUAGACGCGAGAGAGAGAGAGAGAGAGAGAGAGAGAGAGAGUGAGAGAGAGAGAGAGAGAGCCCAGUCCCCGUUCCACGUUUCUCGGUUCCGUAUCGCUCCUGUCUUUUCUGGAUCUUGUGAUUUUACGUUGGCUCCCACCACCGUCUCCUCGGUUCGGCCUUGUCGAGUUGCGGAGGACGAGGCGCGGCUGUAUAAAACGACGAAACGUUCCAUUAAUUUAUUACUAUUCAAAUUUUGUUGUACGAUACUCGAGAGGUCCUUGUGGCAAAGACUUAGAACAAACAGUGUAUGAAACGAAACGAAACGAA